GGUGUGGAACUUAUAUGUGUAUCAAGAUUUGAAUGUGCAACCAAUGUAAACUCUCGAAUUUACUAGAUUUACACUUAUUUAUACUUUUAAUUCAACCGUUACUCAAUACGGAGUAAUUUAAGACAUCGGCUAAACCAAUAAAAUUAACGAUUCACAAUUGUCUCGAGUAAGAAAUACUUCCAAUAACUCGUAAUUUCCAACUUAAUUUUUACUAUGAAACUACUAAUUUUUCUUUUGAGAACACAUGAAACAAAUCUAUUUAUAUAAAUAAUAGAAGAACGAGGGAAGAGUGAUUUCCUUACUAAAAAUCAUCGGAAUUUAUAUAAUCCAAGUUUAGUGAUACCAAAACAGAGCAGCAAUGAUGACGACAAUCGGAAUACCAUGGCCUGAAUUCAACGACGGUCUCACUUACAACGACGUCGUUUCCCCUUCUUCUUCAGGUUUCACUCUCAUCAAUUUCUACUCCUCCAAUUACUCUAGCUCAGCUCCAUUGCAGGGUUGGUUACAGAGAAUUCAUAAUGGACAGAUUACGAUUGAUGGGGUUACUGUGACUGAUCCAGACUCUGUUCUUAGAGUUGGUUCGAAGUUGGUUUAUCAUCGGCUUCCAUGGAGUGAACCCAAGACACCUUUCUUGUUCGAAGUGCUCUAUGAAGAUGGUGACAUGAUUGCUAUAAAUAAGCCGUCUGGAUUGCAAGUUCUACCUGGAGGACUCUUCCAGCAGCGUACUGUUUUGACGCAGCUAAAGUGGCAUGCAAACAAGAAUGGCAAUUCAACUCCAGGUCAACUUCAUCCUGUUCCCGUUCACCGUCUAGGCAGGGGCACAUCAGGUGUAUUGCUUUGUGCAAAGACGAAGAGUGCUAAGGCUCGCCUUGCUGCAUAUUUUGCUGACGGGACAUCAUUGGUGAGAGGAAAAAGAGAGAUAGUCUCAGAGAAUGAAGUGGAACGAAGGAUAACCAAAACAUAUCGGGCACUAGUCAAGGGGAUUAUAGACACGAAUGAGAUUCUGAUCAACCAGCCAAUUGGAAUCAUACGAUAUCCUGGGGUUGCUAAGGGUCUAUAUGUUGCUCUGCCCUUAGGUAAACCAGCCCUAAGCAAAGUCAGGGUUCUUGAAAGAGAUCUUGAAAAAGACCAGACACUGGUGCAGAGGGUAUCAACGGCCUACAAACCCUGUACCCGGGGACUGUGGGUAUCACUUGCAUGCACAUGAAGUGAUUCUGUCCCACCCUACUACAAAUGAGGUUCUGAAAAUCAUUGCACCACUACCUUCUAUGCUCAAAUUAGAGGAAGAAUAGUAGUUGAGGAAGUCGCUGACAUUUUUGUUUUAUCUGUGUAAUGUAUUGUACCCUGUUAAAUUUCCUAGUAAGUGCAAUAUUUUGUUUAAUUUA